AUGGCAGUCGAACCGCACCGUCUCACAGCCACCGAGGUCCGCGCCAAGAUCCAGGCCGGCGAGCUGACCGUCGAAGCCUACGCGCGCUCCCUCCUCGCCCACAUCGAGAAGCGCGACCCGAUCGUGAAGGCGUGGGAGUACCUCGACCCGGAGCAAGUCAUUGCGCAAGCCAAGAAACUCGAUGCAAUCCCAAAAGACCAGCGCGGACCUCUCCACGGCGUCGCGGUCGCGGUCAAGGAUGUCAUCUACACUAAAGGCAAGUUCUAA